AUAUUAUCGAAGUACAAAUAACACAAGUGGAGCAUCAUGGCUGUUUGACUUGAACUGAGUCGUCUUUAUAGAACGCAGGUUCACUUGACCUCGCCUAGGUCACAUGUCCAUUCAGGGGCAUCCUAUUGGCUACCGCUUAACACACAAUACUGUAUAUAACGUAUAGGAAAGUAAAUACAACAGAUCGUGACAAUGGAGGGCAUAUACCCAUAUAUGUUAACACGCCAACCCGCCAUGAACGUUCUACAUGCAACACGCAGCCAUGACCACAGGGGGGCAGCAUCAUGCAACACACGACAGCCGUCUGCGAGGGGGGCGCGCAACACAAGUCACGGGAUAACUUUAGUAUAAGUGAAUGGACACUUUAAAUACAACUGUGUGUGAGAUUCAUUAUGAAUGCAUUGUUGAUGGAGCAUUAACUGCAGGCCUCGUCGGACAAAGGACUAAAUGAGGAGGGGGAAUAAAUAUUUAUCAGUUUGUGUGUCUGUGAGCGCACGCGUUAGUUUGUGUGUGCGUGCGGAUGGAGAGUGUGUGAGUGAGAGUGCGGUUGAUCGCAUUGAGUCAGUCUCCAGUGAGACAGCACUGGGGGAAGACAGGGAGGGCAGACUCGUACCAUCUUCAUCGUCCCGCGGACGGAACGCAGUUUGGGGAAUGAUGUCUGCGAACAACAGCACGAGCGCAUCACCGGUGAGCGACUACACCUGCGUGCGCUUUUACGUGUCCACCGUGUCCUUCUCGGUGCUGCUCCUCUUCAACGUCGUCAUCAACUGGACCAUAGUCCGCGUGGAGCAGCUCCGGAGUCACGCCCGCUUCGUGCUGGUUUUCCACCUGCUGGUGUCCGCGCUGGUCUACCUGGGCACGAGCAGCGUCUUCGACUACCAGCUCUUCGCGGGCGCGCGGCCGGCGCGCCCCGCGUGCCUCGCCAUGGUCGUCGUGCUGAUCAGCAGCGCGUGCAACCUCCUGCUGACGCUCACGGCGAUGGCCCUGGACCGCUACUGCGCGGUGUGCCACCCGAUGCGCUACACCUCCGCGGCCACGCGCAGGUGCAGCUGGCCCUGGCUGCUGGGCGCGCUCACCUGGCUCGUGGCUCUCGGGAUCCCGCUGGUCCUGCUCCUGCAGCCGGAGCCCCGGGCCGCGGGCAGCGGCUACGACGGGGUGUGCGGCCGCGAGCAGCUGCGGAAGGGCCAGCUGCAGAAGGUGGUGUUCAUCGGCGUGUGCACGCUGCUCAUCCUGUACAGCUACGUGAGGAUACUAGUGGAGGGCCGCCGGUUGGGGGUGGUGAAUCGGCGCAACCGGGCCGGGUGCCGGACGAUCGCGCUGCACGGCAGCCAGCUGGCGGUUUACAUCCUGCCCAACUUCGUGAACUUCGUGCUGACGGUGCUGAUCGACCGGGGGCUCAUCCGGUCGCAGACCAAAGAGCUGUCCGCCGUGGUCGUCUUCGCGUUCUUCAGUUUGGCGCAGUGCGUUGCGCCGGUGGUUUACGGGUUGCGUAAAGAGGAACUGCUGGAGCAGUUGAGUCACCGGUUCCCCUGCUGUUCCAGGUACUUUAAGAGGGUCCUCGGCUGGACGGUGCGCGCCAGCUCGACACGCGCCCGACACACAACAAGGGAGCGGACACUCACAGCACAGACAACCAUCUACCAGGAGACCUCGCAAGUCCCAGAAGAGGCGGAAACGAGGCCAACGUCUGGUCUGGAGUUCCUCACGUGACUUGGACUCACGUCCCGGCGCUAUGGACCGCACGCCCGAUGGGCAGGGAACAUCUGGAUGAGUUGAAGCCAUCUUCCACAAGGGGUCUUAAAAAGGGUUUGUUUCCAAACCCGAGACCUGACGUUGCGUUCAUUGAGAUACCGCCACGAGACACAAACACACGCGUCCGUCUUUGACCUUGUGUCAGGUGUCUCCGGUCCAGAAACCUCCGUCGUUUAUUGGAUUGAAAAUGACUGGGAUGGAGGAUCUCGUAUCGUCCGGGGCAAAUGUCGCGCCCACGUGUGCUCAACCUGGCGGAGGCAAAUUCAAUUUUACGGCCACAUGGAUAUUUCCAGCUUCUUUUUCUAAUAGGGAAUUAGAUGAGACGAUCGAGGCCACACUGAUAUCUGUGCGUGGGAACAUUUGGCGAAUCAGAAUCAGUGCGGAAUCUAAAGAAUACCCCCCAAAACCGGAUCUAUUGCUUGGAUGAUGACACAUUGGGCUUUCAACACACCGCGCUCAUCGAGGUGGUUAAGUUCAACACACAGAUUUGCACUUAACACUUCAUGGGACUAAACUAAAAUGAACAGGAAUAUAUUUCCAAUGUUUGUCAAAUUAUUUGGCGCCAAUUCAUCUUUUUUUCCAGAGGCAAAUACACCAUGAUAAAAAUACUGCUCACGUCUGCUGCUCUACAUGAUGUUUAUAAGAAUGCAAAAGUGAGAACAUCAGUAACGUCAUCAUGGUCCGGCUCUAUUCACCUCAGCUUUGAAACAAAACUAAGCCGGUCUUUGAAAAGGGGAAAAGCCCGACAUCCUUUUGUUAUGACCGCAGGUCUCGAGACGUGCCGGCUCAAACUUCCUGUUUUCACCGCGGCACAGAAGCGCUCUGGUGACAGCGCGCUACCCGGCCGGCCGGUGGGGGGGAAAAUGGUACUGCCCCGGAAGAGAGAAGCGAAAGCAGUGGUUCUUUUUGCUGAGAACGUUUUUUUUACCAGUUACAAAAGUAGGGUGAAGACCAACAACAGACACCUGACCCCGAUAGAAGACAGCACAAGAGACAGAUUAAUGCACACGAUUUUUAUUAGUCCCGACCCGUAGGUGUGCCGCAAACCAAAAAGUUCAAAAUAGAUCUGCGCAGACAUUGACUCCAAACAUAGCAACCAGAUAACACGAGAGGCAUUCGAUCACCGUGCGAGGCGAGAAUGCGCAGAUCUUAAGGUUGCUUUGACAGAUCAGAACACCAGCGGGUGCAUUUAUUGUACAACACAUUACUUAAAAAGGACCAGAUAUGCAGACUGUUACUCUAUCA